CACUAACUCAGUUUUAAAAACGAAUUCGCCAAUAGCAACCGGCCGAUACAGUUUUCACAUUCAGUUCAACAAUGUCAAUUAGUCUGCUACAGUCGUGUCCCACCCUCACUCGUAGCAUUUUUGCAAGUUCUGUUCGAUUGUUCAGUUCCGCCAUAGCUAAGAGCAUGGAAAAGCAUCAAGUCGUUCCUGAUGUGAUUCCUGUGGCCCCUUCAGUGGUUGCAAAAGUUAGCUACCCGAGUGGUGUUGUCGUCAACGAGGGUAACGAGUUGACCCCAACACAGGUGAAAGACAUCCCAAAGGUAGACUGGGAUGCCGACGGAUCGACUUUCUACACUCUGUGCAUGACCGAUCCUGAUGCUCCAAGUCGUAAGGAGCCAACGUUCCGCGAGUGGCACCAUUGGUUGGUGGGAAACAUUCCGGGUGCCGAUGUGGCCAAAGGAGAAACUCUGUCCGAGUAUGUCGGUUCGGGACCACCGAAGGGAACCGGUCUGCAUCGUUACGUGUUUCUGGUGUACAAGCAGAACGGCAAGCUGAGCUUCGAUGAGCCGCGUUUGACAAAUCGCAGCGGAGAUAACCGUGGAGGAUUCUCCAUCAAGAAGUUUGCCGAUAAGUACAAACUUGGAAAUCCGAUUGCCGGCAAUUUUUAUCAAGCCGAGUGGGAUGAUUACGUUCCAUUGCUGUACGAGCAGUUGGGUGCUUGAAGCACCACGAAAGGUUCAAAUGUGAUGGAAUUAAAGCGCAUAGAAUGUACUGGAAAUAUACGACAAUAUAAAUAAACCUGUCUGAUAA